AUGAUGGAGAAGCUUUGGACCAGCCUGUCGGAGGUGUCUUGGAGCUCCGUGUCGGUUCCGUUAGAUGCUGUGGUCAGUAAGGUCCGCCUGCCCUGUCUGGUCCGCCUGGCGCCUGAUAGGACUACAGACUCCCCGUACCUUCCCCUGGCCAGCCACCACUUCUCCCUGUACGUUGCCCUGGCCAGCCACACCUCUCCCCUGUACGUUGCCCUGGCCAGCCACACUUCUCCCUGUACCUCCCAUGCCCAGUCACACUUCUCCCUGUACCUUCCAUGGCCAGCCACACUUCUCCCCUGUACCUCCCCUGGCCACGCCACACCUCUCCCCUGUACCUUCCCCCUGGCCAGCCACACCUCUCCCUGUACCUUCCCUGGCCAGCCACACCUCUCCCCUGUACCUUCCCCUGGCCAGCCACACCUCAACAAAGAAAACAAGGGAUAUGGUGUUGCUCCACUCGUGUCGUUCAGUGGACCACCGUCACCGCUCUCUCUCUGGAAGAAGACACUACGUCAUCGGACCCAAGUAGACAUUCCUCUCCAGUACCAGGGUCGUUUCCGUCUGAUAGAUGAAGACCGAGACGUUAGGGACCCCAUCCAGUAUUUCUCCUCGGUGGAGGAAGUGGCCGGAACGUUCCCUGACCGCGUCUUCGCCAUGGAAACUAUCAGCUUCACUGUCAAGGUUCUGUCAGGGGAGUUCAGUGAGGACAGUGAGUCGUACAGUGUGGUGUUGCAGCCUGGUGAUGAGCUGUCACUCACGGGAAAGGCAGAGUUUCUCACAGCCACGCCCACCACGGAGAAGACUGGACUGAGCGCGCUCCUGAGACGCCUGGGGAAGACCCCCCGCAGUAAAACUCCAUGUCUGGUGUGUAUGAACCAUCGGACCAAUCAGAGCAUCUCUCUGCCCUUUGCCUGCCGAGGACGGUUCUGCACGCGCUCCCCUCUGGAGCAGGGAAUGCUGGGAGCUGACCACACGGUGCGCAGCAUCAUCGAAAGGGUCCGACUUCCUGUUAAUGUUACCGUGCCGACCAGACCACCACGGAACCCCUACGACCGCCACGUGGUGAGAGAGGGGCAUCGCUACAAGCUGUUGAACAUUGUCAGUAAGACGGUGGUGUUGUGUCUCGUCCUACGGCCAAUACAACUGGUUCCCUCCCACUUCCUGUUGCUACGCUGCAUGCCGCGCUUCUCUGUGGCAACGCCCUCGGCAACUACAGACAGCCUGUUGCUACGGCAACAUGCCAGCUUCGACCCUGAUGGGUACAGCCGAGCCGUCCGUGAGACGCGUCCAGAACUCAGCGAGGAGAGAGUGUGUGUGAGCGAGGAUGGUGUGUGUGUGAGCCCGCGGAGGGGAGGUGUGUGUGUGUCAGCGCAGGACUCUCAGCUGCUGUCUGUGUGUGUGUUCGCUGGGGGCGGAAUUACAGACAACGUCAGCCAAUCGCUGCGCUGCAGAGACUCUCUAGGGGAGGGGACAGAGUACCUCUCUCCCAACUGGACAGAGGCUGAGCUGCAGACCAGUGAAGAGAUCCCCUACGAGGAACUGUGGACCAAUCAGACUGCAGAGGGCCUGGGGAAGGCAGAGCCACACCGCAUCUCCGUCCAUUCCUCUUCCUCUUUGGAUGGAAUGCUGGGGACCGCCCGCCUCGCCAUGGUGACAAGAGUAUCAACCCCGCCCCCUGUACCUCCAAAAUCAGACGCAGUGAGUCUCUCCCAUAGAGAUACCUAGAGAGCACCUCUCCGUCUAUACUAGAAAAGGUGAGGUGCUCUCUCUGGUAUAUCUAUACCAUAGAGAUUCCCUCGCCUAUCUAUAUCAUACAGAUACCUAGAGAGCACCUCUCCUAUCUAUACCAUAGAGAUUCCCUCGCCUAUCUAUAUCAUAGAAAUACCUGGAGAGCACCUUUCCUAUCUAUACCAUACAGAUACCUAGAGAGCACCUCUCCUAUCUAUACCAUGAUACCCUCGCCUAUCUAUACCAUAGAGAUAUCUAGAGAGCACCUCUCCUAUCUAUGCCAUAGAGAUACCUAGAGAGCACCUCUCCUAUCUAUACCAUGAUACCCUCGCCUAUCUAUAUCAUAGAGAUACCUAGAG